UUCUCCUGAUCGCUUCCCUCCGGCCCUGUCCUCCCGGUCCUCCCGGUCCCCUGGGUGUCUCCCGGUGUCUCCCGGUCCCCUCGGUGUCUCCCGGUGUCUCCCGGUCCCGGUGAUCCGGUCCACAUGGCGGUGGGGGGCUCGGUGCACUGGUUCCGGAAGGGGCUGCGGCUGCACGACAACCCGGCGCUGCACGAGGCCCUGCGGGCUUCCGGCUCGCUGCGCUGUGUUUACAUCCUGGACCCGUGGUUCGCCGGCGCCGCCAACGUGGGAAUCAACCGCUGGAGGUUCCUGCUGGAGUCUCUGGAGGACCUGGACCGAAGCCUGAAGAAGCUCAACUCCAGAUUGUUUGUGAUCCGAGGGCAGCCCACGGACGUGUUCCCCAGGCUCUUCAAGGAGUGGAACGUGACCCGGCUGACGUUUGAGUUCGACCCGGAGCCUUAUGGGAAGGAGAGAGAUGCGGCCAUCAUCAAGAUGGCGCAGGAGUUUGGAGUCGAGACCCUUGUCAGAAAGUCACACACCCUCUACAACCUGGAUCGGAUCAUUGAGAUGAACAACAACACUCCUCCUCUGACCUUCAAGCGGUUCCAGACCAUCGUGAGUCGGCUGGAGUUGCCGGGGCGACCGCUGCCUGCCGUCACCCAGCAGCAGAUGGACAAGUGUCGCGCUCAAAUAACCGAGAACCACGACCAGCUGUACAGUAUUCCCUCUCUGGAGGAGCUAGGCUUCAGGACGGAGGGUUUACCUCCAGCUGUUUGGCGAGGAGGAGAAUCCAAGGCUUUGGAACGACUCAACAAACAUCUGGACAAGAAGGUGUGGGUGGCCAACCUGGACCUUCCCCGGGUCAACACCUGCUCUCUGUACGCCAGCCCCACCGGCCUCAGCCCCUACCUGCGCUUCGGCUGCUUGUCCUGCAGGGUUCUGUACUACAACCUGCGUGAGCUCUACAUGAAGCUCCGGAAGCGCUGCAGUCCUCCUCUGUCCCUGUUCGGCCAGCUGCUGUGGAGAGAGUUCUUCUACACCGCCGCCACCAACAACCCCAACUUUGACCGCAUGGAUGGAAACCCCAUCUGCGUCCAGAUCCCUUGGGACCAGAACCCAGAGGCCCUGGCGAAGUGGGCCGAGGGUCGGACUGGCUUCCCCUGGAUCGACGCCAUCAUGACGCAGCUGAGACAGGAGGGCUGGAUCCACCACCUGGCCCGACACGCCGUGGCCUGCUUCCUGACCAGAGGAGACCUGUGGAUCAGCUGGGAGAGCGGCAUGAAGGUGUUUGAGGAGCUGCUCCUGGAUGCAGACUGGAGUGUGAACGCUGGCAGCUGGAUGUGGUUGUCCUGCAGUGCCUUCUUCCAGCAGUUCUUCCACUGCUACUGUCCCGUCGGCUUCGGAAAGAGAACAGACCCAUCAGGAGAUUAUAUCAGGCGUUACAUCCCCAUCCUGAAGGACUACCCCAGCCGGUACAUCUACGAGCCGUGGAACGCACCGGAGUCCGUGCAGAAGGCGGCACACUGUGUGGUGGGAGUGGAUUAUCCCAAACCGAUGAUCAACCACGCAGACGGCAGCCGGCUCAACAUCGAGAGGAUGAAACAAGUCUACCAGCAGCUCUCCCACUACAGAGGACUCAGUCUACUAGCAUCAGUACCAACCAUCCAGGAGGAGGCAGAACCACUGAUGACCGACGGGUCUCAGACCAGCAGUGGACCUGAGUCUCCUCCCACAGCUCCGGCUCCUCCCACCUGCCCAGCCGCCGGCUGCUCCACGGCUCCUGACUCGUCCACAGUCCUCGUGUCCUACGCUCCACAUCCGGAGCUGGGAGACACCCGGAGCGUUCACCCCCCCCAGACGCCGUGCACCUCCUCAGGCUCACACCCGCACCCCCCUGCAGCCGUGUCAUGGAGCUUUGCUCCUCCCUCCCCAGCUCAUAGUCCUCUGUCCCCGUCCUCGUCAUGUCCCACCUCGUCCCCGGCCCCGAGUCCAGCCGGGACCCCGGGUCAGACUCUUCCCAAAAGGAAAAGUCUCGCCCGCAAGACUCGUCGCAGCCCGAGGCCGCGGGGGGGGCGUCCGAGCUGCGCUAUGUCAGGCCGGGAGGGAGAGAGGAGGGAGGAGGAGGAAGAGGAGGAAGAGGAGAGGGAGGACAGGGGAGGGGACGAGAGGAUGGAGGAGGAUGCUGAACACGAGGUGGAGAGGAUGGAGGAGGAGACUUCAGCUCAUCAGCAGUGAGACCAGGUGAAGUUUAAAGAGAAUCAUCUUCAAUCGUCCACAUCGUCAACUGGACACAAACACACACAAGGAACAACAUCAUACACACAAACACACACACAAGGAACAACAUCAGACACACAAACACUCAUUCACCACAAGUGGAAUCGAAACAGAAGCAUCUCAUUCACAUCUUCUCCCGUUAAUUAUCCGGACGAGUUUUUGAAUAAAUAACUAUUUUUAGAGCAGGACCAGAAAGACUGAACACAACAAAACAAUCAUUCUGAUUUGAGACCAGAAAAUAAUUCACAUGUCCGACACCAGGCUCUCUGCUCGUGGGAGGAGAAACUCAGAGUUUGAUAAAGCUGCUUGUUUUGAUAUGUUGCAGUGAUGAUUUUAUAUAAAUGUUGUAUAAGAGAUUUAAUCCGACAUCUCAGAGCGCUGGACAGAACCAGAUCAUCUUGACUUUUACUCAGCGACAGGCAGCGACUGUGACGAGCAGAUCCACUGACCUCCACUCAAAUGUAUAAACACUAUUUUAUGUUGUAGCUCCUCCCACUGUGCCGUUGUUUACUUUAGCUUCAAGUCAAACUCGUGGCCCGCAAGGGAAUGUAGGAUAUGUCUGUUUGUGUGACCCUGAUGAUGUUGUCCAGGAUGUUUUCCUCCUUUUGACCACGUUAGAAACACAGACCGUGAAUAUAGACGUGUCUUUGCCUCCUCCCACUGUAAAAUAUAUAUAUAUAAAUAUAUAUAUAUACAGUAUAUAUGCAGUAGCGAUCAUGUUGUGGAGCAGUUUCAAGUUCCCACCAAUACACACACUCCACCAAUCAGGAGUCAGUCUGAGCUCUCAAUCAUCACAAUCAGUCUCCUCCAUGUUCACAGAUGGGACAUGCAAAUAAUUUAAUAAGUAGUAAAAGUACACGUCAAAGUUUUUUAAAUUAUCAUUUCAUUUUAAGUAUCACACUUAUGUUCAUGUUUCUGAUAAGUUUGGUUUUAAUUGUUUAUUUGAUGAUUUAGAAAUGUGGUGAAACGUCAUGACUGAGACGGCCUCUGAUUGGUCGAGAGCAUGUGUUGGCGGGAACUCUACCACCGCUCCACUUCCUGGUCGUCCCUGUACAGACUCACUGGGAUAUUUGGGUUUCAUUUCCUGUCAGCGGGAGGAAGUGGAGGCGCCAUCUUUAUCUAUAGUCCAUGAUUUUAACACUAUUGAAUCUACAUGUUUAUGUAAAAACCCAGCGUACGGGUUGUCUGUGUUUUUUUGCACAUCUGAUGUUUAGCAGCAGUGACGAGGUUCAUUAGGGAUCAUAACGUUUUAUAGUCGCCCUGUUUGCACCUGUGUGGUGUGGGGGGGUCGCACGUCUGUGAGGUCGUAGCAGCACAUGAUGGAAUCACUAUUAAUUCAUUAAAUUAAUUUAGACACUUUAUCUGCGGCGCAGAGGAAAAUGAGACGAGUCUUUGAGACCAAAACGUUUUUAAGCUAUUGGCAUAAUUUUUAACUGGCAACUGAAAAUGCUGCUUGUGUGGUUUAAAAAACUAAAAAGAGAAUGUAGAGAGGAAAGAACAGCGUGUUGCUCUCCCAUAUAUAUGUUUAACAGAGUUUGUAUAUAAAAUAUAUAUAAUAACCAUAACCUGUUUACUGAUGGUCUGUUUAAGGGGGUUUCAUAAAGACUUAUUCCUGUCUGGACGUUUCUCACCAGAAGCUCCACAACAGAUUCAUAAACACAGAAAAAAACAAAUCUGCAAACAAUACAGGACUGAAACUGAAGCCUAGUUUAUUAAUUAUCAAAUAAUCACUCAUUUGAGUUUCACAAAUUGGGGAAUUUUGCACAUUUAUGCCCAGUUUUGUUUCACUUUACUGUCGUAUAAAAGAGAAACAGUGAAUCCUCGUAUCAGAAAAGCUGACGUCAGCACUUUACAAACAUUUAAUUAAUUGACGUCUUAAUUCAGCAAGGAAAUAACUGAAUCUCAAAGUGAUUUCAAAAUCUUUUAUACAGAAAACCUAUUGUAACCACCUGAGGAGGAAAAUGUUGAACAUUUAUUAAUGCUUUUAUGAAUUAACUUUAAAAUCCAAGCUCUCAUAGUUUGAUCCAGUUUUAUUUAGAUUUGAGAUGUUUGGAGAUAAUUGUAUCUUUAAGUAACAGAGGUCGUUAGUAGAGGUCGUUAAUCGACUGUGAUGCCUCAGAACUUUGGGAUUGUUCAGACAGAAAGAACAAGGAUUUUGAGAAAUCUCGUCAAAUAAUGGCUGAUAUGAUUUAUAAAUCAAAUAUUAUCAUGUUUUAAAAGUUGGAGACAGAACUGAAAAUAGAAAGAUCUAAAUUAUUGUUUUUAUUACUAAGAUUCAAAACAAGGAAUCAAAUCAAGCACAUAUUAAAGAUUUGAGUAUUUUUCUUUGAGAUAAAUAAUUUGUUUUUCUAAAUCAAUGCACCAUUUAUUCUCUAUUUCAGAAAUGAUAAUGAUUAUCUGAGGAUUUAGCUUUUCAUUUAAAUCCAAAGUGACUUUGUGAAACCCCCUUACUGUUUCCUGGAUGUGUCAAAGUUUAAUGGAUUGUUUUUUGUCUCUAAGACAAACCUCAGCUCCUGGAGGGCGUCGCUAUGUUGGUGUUCAGGAGAAGUUGGAACUUGUGAAGUUUGCAUCCUUCAGGAUAAAAAGACAAUCAGUGGAAAAGCUCCCAGUUCAGCCUGUGGUCACAGAGAAAGCUCCCAGUUCAGCCUGUGAUCACAGAGAAAGCUCCCAGUUCCCACCGAUCCUGAACCCAACACAAGUCCCACUCAGCUGCCUGUGUUUACCUGUGUGGGUCACAUGGAUAUUUAUUUGUUUUGUACGAAAAUAGAUUAUUUUCAUUAAAACUGCUGAAGGAUUUGUGAUUGAA